GGACAUUUGCUACUCUUUAUUCUAUGGGCUUUGAGUAAAAAUGUCGGUAUUUGUGAAUAGUGUUAAAUUGUGCAGUAGGUUUACUAUUGUACGUCGUAUUAAUAAAGCUUUAUUUUGUAGAGAAAACAUAAAAUUCUUAAAUGGUAGGAUGUCUGGUUGCCAUGCGAAACUACCCGCCUGCACGUUUCUAUCAGGUGGUGGUCGCAAAACCAGUUCUCGUUAUUGUGUGUUGUUUUCUGGAUUAUUGGGUUUCUUUCGCAGUGAAGAAACUGAACCGGAGUCGGAACUGAUUCUAACCAUGAAGCGAUCAGUUUUGCUUAUGCAGAGAGGGGAGCUGGACAAGGCGGAGCAGAUGCUCCACCUGGCCCUGAAGAUGGCCCAGGAGCUGCAGAACGCGCAGGCCGUCACGUACGUGUACGACCUGCUGGCGAACCUGGCGUACGACCGCGGGGACCUGGUCAAGGCUGAGCCGCUGUUCGUGAGCGUCCUGCAGCGCCUGCUGGGCUCGGGCACCCCCGCCAGCGACAACAAGGUGGUCCACAUUAGCCUUAAGAUAGCCGACAUUUUCACAAAGAGACGCGAGCCCAGCAAAGCGGAGAAUGGGUUCAAGUUCUGCGUGGAGAACCUGGAGAAGAAGAUCGACGCAGGGGUGGACGAUGAAGACACCCUGACGCUGUGGGGCAUGACCCUGGACUGGUUCGGGCGGUUCCUCCUGGAGGAGAACAGGGCCGCGGAGGCCCUCGAGUGCUUCGAGAAGGCGUACCGGACGUCGCUGAAGGUGCACGGGGAGGAACACGAGCAGACGGUGGUCCUGCUCAACGACCUGGGGACGGUGGCGUUCCUGUGCGGGGACCACGACAGGGCCGUGGGGUACCUGGGCCACGCGGUGGAGGUGGGUCGCAGGCUGCCCGGCAUGCAGGACUUCGCCGCGGUGCACGUCAACCUGGGGGCCGUCUACCUGAAGAAGGGCAUGUACCGGGAGGCGCGGCACGCGUGCGAGACCGCCCUCAGAGACGCCAGAGCACACGACAACAAGGAGGGCGUGGAGGAGGCCAACACGUGUCUGGACCAAGUGAAGAGGUUCCUGCACUCAGAGCAGUGAAUUGUGCAAUGUUACCCCAUGUACCAUCAUUUGGCACUUAGAUUCAUACCUUUAUUUAUUCUCUUGUCUUUUCAAAUUGGUUUUUUGGACUGUUCUUUUCAUUAAUAGUUAUUUGAGUUGUAAUAUUCAUUAAUAGUUAUUUGAGUUGUAAUAUAUGUUUUAUAUGACUCUUGAAGCUGUACUCACAGGCCCAUUAGCAAUAACUAGAGACCUGCAAAAUUUGUGGUUUCGAUGGCCUUCAGGAUAGACUGCACAUACCCCUGUACACUCCGGCAAAUAACGUAAGUUCAUUGGCUGCCGAAUUGUAAGUCAUCUCAGCUGGUUUGUCUGUGAUUCGAUCCUUCUUUGGUUGAGGGUUUAUAACUGGUUGAGAUUCGUCCAGAUGAACAGUAAGCCAAUAGCAAAAUCAUUUAAGAGGUAUAUGUGUUUGAAUUCUAGCCUAUCACCGAACAAAUCUGUGAAUUUUGCAGGUCUCUAGAAAUAACUUAUUCAGAGUUUUCUGUAUGACUUCAUGAAUACUUUCAGUUUUUUCCACAAUACAUCACCCCUACUGACAUUUAUGUAAGUAAUUUAAUUUUCCCAUGAAUGCAUGUGAAAACAGCAACAAUGUGUAAGGGGGAAUGAAAGGAACUGAAAUACUAUCGUGAUUUGAAAAUUUUUUAGGCCAUAACAAUUUCCUGUGGUUAAAUUUUUAUAAAUCAGGUUUUAUUUAAAAAGCAUAUGGUACACCCACCCCUCAAAGUAACACACUAAUUUGUUUCAGGAAAACUGAGUGUUAAUCAAAUAUUUUUGUACCGUAAAAGUGAAAAUUAAUCAAAACGAUUUGAUUCUUCUUGACAUCUAUUUUAAUUCAGACAAUCUCCAGUUGAAGUCGGUGUUAAUUUUAUGUCUAAUUAAACAUUUUAAUUAUAUUUUGUGAAUAGACAUCCUAAAACUAAAUUACACUGGGAAAAAAAAACACGGGCUGCCUGUUUAAAUUAUGUUCAUGGGCACACUAUGUUCUCCUUAGGAGCUAACUCCGUUUCAGAGUUACAAAAUAGUAAAGUUAUUAAUAUAGAAAGUAUAUUUAAAUCCUCUAUAAUAUUUUAAAUCAUAAACGUAAUAUUUUCUAUUAAAAAAAAAAAGAUUAUUUAACCUGUUAACAUAAUUCCGAACUGCAUGUCUGCCAUGAAUCUCUAUCCACAUGCCUUAUUACUAGCGCAUGCUGAUAGGUGUGAAGUAAACUAGCUCUGAAAGAUUCUGGCUUUUCUCAAGAGUUGUUGCUCACAUUUCUCCCCCUUAAUGAUUGAUCUCCAUUGUUCAAGUCAUCUGAUUGGGUCACUAUAUAAAAUUGUGUGUGUGAAUAUAAAAUGGAAAGCUUAAACUCUGGAGAUUAUAAUAAUUUAUGAAGAAAUAGUACAGUUCUGCUCAAAUCAUUUCAGCUCAUUAUCUUGCAGUAUCAUUACCUAAUAAAAAAAAAGUUGUAUAACAUAUAGAUUUAAAGUGCAAUAAAUUCAAACACUAUGAAUUUUUUUUUGUGUAUUUUUGUUUACAUGUGUAAAGCAUACAAAAUAUAUCUGUUCAGCAUUACUGUAAAAUAUAUAUUGUAACAGAAUGUCCAUUUGUUGAUAAUAUACGUACAUUUAGAGUAUUCAAUUGAUUAAAAUCAGCAUUGACAU